CUGAACGGAUCAACCGAGGUGGUUCGAUCCUGCAGUGCAAGCACCUCAAGAGAGCACUCAACCGACUGAACUAAAUCCCCCCACCCCCCAGUAAGACUAUUAAGGGUUAAAAUAUUCCUCGACUCAUUCUGUAUUGAUUUUAGAACACAGAGUUUAUAAUCGACAUCUAGAUAUAUACCGGUAUUCAUCAACAUGUUUAUAAAAGAAGAAGUGGAGAUAACCCACAGCACAAUGUCGACCAGCACAGGAGACUUAGCUUUCCAGGCUUCUGGGGUGUCAGACCAGGCACAGCAAAUGCUGCAGGAAUUUUGGCCAAAAGGACUUGAUACCAUCAAAAAUCUCACAAGCAAUGAUUUUAAAAGUCAAGAACUACCUUUGGCUAGGAUUAAAAAGAUCAUGAAGUUAGAUGAGGAUGUGAAGAUGAUCAGUGCGGAAGCCCCAGUGUUGUUUGCAAAGGCUGCUGAAAUCUUCAUUAGCGAGCUGUCGUUACGGGCCUGGAUACACACUGAAGACAACAAAAGACGAACAUUGCAGAGAAAUGAUAUUGCUAUGGCAAUAUCAAAAUACGAUCAGUUUGACUUUCUCAUUGACAUUGUACCCAGAGAUGAACUGAAGCCACCUAAACGAUCGGAUGACAACAGAGUAGCGACAUCGUCGAUUCCAGACCAGAUCCAGUAUUACCUGCAAAUGGCGCAGCAACAGUCUCAACAGCAGCAACAGCAGACCACGCUGCAGCCCACCGUGGUGACGACACCGCAGGCCGUUGUUCAGCAGCAGCCGGCGCAGGCAGCAGCCCAGCCUCAGGUCUCUUCAAUACAACUCUCUACUGGCCAGAUUAUUCAGCAACCCUUCCAGGUGCAGGCAGCUGUCACAACUGCCCAGCCACAGGUGAUCCAGGUGCAGGCACCACAGGUGCAGCAGAUACAGCAGCCGGUUCAGGCACAGGUGCAGCAGGUGCAGGCACAGCCUGUUGGGCAGACAACCCAGGUCUACCAGCAAGUCGUUACACCAAGUGGCCAGAUCCAGAACAUACCUAUACAGCUAACAGCCAGUCAACUACAGGCUAUCCAGAUGCAGCUUCAGGGUAAACAGACGGGUGGAAACCAGUCUAUUGUUAUUCAGACCAAUCAGGCAGCACCAGCCACAGAAACGAUCAACAUCACAGAACAGAAUCUACAGACAUUUCAAGCUCAGCCGAUGUAUCAGGUUCAGCAGAUCCCGGGAAUCCAGGGGGCUCAGCAGAUUUUCAUCCAACAACCAGCCGGGUCUGGCGAGACAGAAAACCAGUCGGAGAACCAGGAGGCAUCAUAACACAAACUACAGGCCGCCCGGCUACAGUGUUACAGAACACCAAUCACAAACAGUGUUACAGACACCAAUCAUAAACAGUGUUACAGACACCAAUCAUAAACAGUGUUACAUGUUACGCCACCAACCAUAAACUGUGUUACAUGACCACCGAUCGUGAACAAAUGGUAUUACUGUACGUAUGAACUGUGAACAAACCGCAUUAGUGAAUUAGCAACCGUGAAUACACAGCAUGUUAGGAAUUGGUUAACAUAAUAAUUCUAUUCUUGUGUAACAAACUUUUUAAGUGCUAAUUCUUGAACAAAUCUUUACAGGACACUGUACAGUUUGUUCUUGUCUUCCACAUGAAGAAUGAUAUCUUGUUGUUCUUCACGAUCUGCUAUUGUCAGAAAAACAUUUACAGUUCAGGAAUGGUACACAAACUUGAUACAGUCGGAAGUUUUUUUUUCACAAAAUGUUUGUAUGUUUUCAUUUAAAUUCUCCUUAGCCAAAUGAAUAGGUUUAUAUGUCUCUUGAUUUCAAUUAACAUGGCUGUUCUUCAUCAAAUUUAACAUCGGUCAAUCACUGUGGUGUAGUAUUUAAAAUCAUUUCACAGUGUACAUGUAACCCUUGUUCAGACUGCCCACGCUCCCACCAGUGUGCAAUCCCGCCUUUUCCCUCCCCAAAACCUUUAACGUCUUGGACAAAGUGGUCAGAAUCUACGUCCAAGACAGAUGUGCGCUAUAAAGGCUUGUUCCCGAUGUGCACGUUAAACACUUGAUCUACCAAAAUGUUUAUAGGUCAACACACUGAGGGUUUUGGGGGUGGGGAUGCAGACAGAGCUGUAACUUGUGGUGGAAGGUGGGUCAGCUAUCCAGGUAACUCACGGAUUGAUUCUUGUUGCUUUGAAGACAAGCAGAUCAAGUACAUAUGACAAAAAUUCCACUGUUGUGCCAUUAAACUUUAUUAAGUAAGGAACAUUCAGUUAAAAGUGACAAUCACGAUGUAGAAUAUUAUUAUAUUUCCUAUGUGCUUGUAGUUCUUUUGUGUUGAAAGCAUUUAUGAAGAAGUGGACAAAUUUGUGUUCUAUAUAGUAAACAUCUAUGCUUUCUAUAUUUUGUAUAUACAGAAUGGUUUUUGUUCAAUUGUGAUGAAUUGUGUUCCUACUUAAAAUUACUAUAUUGUUAAAAUGAAAUCAUGCAUCAAACAGUACUUGUUGAAGUUAAAAAUGUGACAAUUAAUUGGGGGGAAAUCUCAUUUAUAAAGAUGAUUGUGUCUAGUUA